AAUUCUGUCGUCACAACCCGCCGGCCGACAGCGCAGCUCCAGCAGCAACGAAAUCACUCUGCUCGCUUUCAACGCGGUCACUUCGUUUGGCUGUUGGUUGCUGCCGCUGAAAACGUGGUGUCUUCCUCGUACGUUGUGCUGCGCUUGCGUUGCGUCUGUAGCGUCUGCGGUAGAUAUUUGCUAGUAUUGUCAUGUCUCACGGCACGCAUAAUGCCGAACAAGUGUUGUGUGCUGGUGUGCCCCGGUAAUUUCGAUACUUGGAAAAAGGUGCGAGUCCUUCCUUUCCCCGAAACAUGAGGACACGCGAACGAAGUGCCUGCGUGCCAUUUCCCGGAAGGAUUUCACAUCAACUGCACAUACUAAGCCUCUGCAGGCCGAUGUCACUCCUGCGAUUCCUGGCACAACGCUAGAAGAUGAGCCCCAUGGCGAUCGCCGCCUUGCUGCGCAUGUUGCGGCGCCAGUGCCGGCUCGUACCGGCCCUCAGGGCGCUUCUUCUGUGCAGCGCAGGCCACUGCCUGUGGACUUUCCUGUCGCCUUCAGCAGGUUCGCGUUCACCUGGCCACCGAUGGGAGCGGCCAGUUCCGAUAGGUCAUCGCAUUCACACCGCGGGAUGCACGCUGCCCCGGUUCGACCCAUUCGACCCGACCGUCAUGCCCUUCAUCCGGCGUCGCUCCGAGCGCUUCAAGUGCCCCGGAAAGCCCAACUUCCUCACCAUCAGGAAUGGUCUUCCAGUGAUACUUCCGCGGAACUUGGAGGAGCAUGGUGUCCUUCCUGAGGACCUCGACUGCUUCUACAAGGAAAUUUAUCGAAACGAAUCUCUAGCGGUUCCAGACAGACAGCACGUGUAUGGACCCCGGACGAGAUUGUUGUUCGACAGGGCGCUGAGAGAGGAGUUUGUAUUCGUAGAGUGCGUCACAAAGAAGACCCCGGAGAGGCCGUUUUACAGCCAGUUUCUUCUGAACCCGCUCGUUAAGAGGAACGUGGAGAAGCGGUGCCGACGUGCAAGCACAGGGACGCCCCACAACCUGAGCGUCCUAUUGCUUGGUCUCGACUCGGUGUCGCAUCUGAACCUCGACAGGCACCUUCCGGAGACUGCCAAGUUCGUGCGGGAGAAACUCGGCGCUUUCGAACUUCAUGGAUAUAACAAAGUUGGGGAGAACAGCUACCCGAACCACAUGGCCCUCCUCGCAGGUCUCAAAGACUUCGAAGCGGACAAGGCGGCUCAGGCCGGAUUCUACGACAACCUCAAUCCCUCGUUGAUCUGGCGUAAAUAUGCUGCGCGGGGUUACAGGACCAUGUUUCUCGAGGAGUGGACGCAGUGUUCUCUCUUUAGCAGCUUCCACAGUAAAGGUUUUCGGCGCGCGCCGACUGACUAUUAUCUGCGACACGCCAUCAUGCUAAUGGAGGAGCUAGCCGAGAACACCGAAGAAGAACUGCGGGUAAGCUGCUUGGGACCCACUAUGCCGUCCGAAGUGCUGCUAGAAUACCUUGCCCAUUUUGUGAACGUCAUGUCGGAGCGACCUUUCUUCGCCUAUGCUUGGUUCACCGAACUAACGCACGAAUGGCUCAACAACGCAGCGUAUGCGGACGAACCUUUCCGGCGCCAUCUCGAACAUCUGCACGCUUCCGGCGCGCUCAACCACACGGUUCUCGUGUUCCUCAGCGACCACGGAUUGCGCUUCGGCGACGUGCGCACCACGUACAUCGGAAGGCUCGAAGACCUCCAGCCGUUCGCCUUCCUCGUCUUUCCGCCGUGGUUCCUAGAGAAGAACCCCGAGGCUGCUCGGAAUCUUCGUGUCAAUCAGCGCCGCCUGACGACGCCCUUCGACGUCCAUGCGACGCUCGUCGAGCUGCUCGACUAUCCCGUCAGGAAGCGACCGCGCACUGAGUACGGACUGAGCUUGUUUAACGAGAUUCCGGAGGAGAGGACGUGCAGGGAUGCGUCCAUUAAGCACAAGUGGUGCGCGUGCAGCGUCCGGGGCGAUGCAGCUGUGUCCGGUGCGCUGGCCAGGACUCUGGGAGAUCGGAUUGUUUCGGACGUCAACGAGAAGUCAGCGCGGUCAACGCGAAAGUGUGCCGAGUACCAACUGCUCCGAGUGAUUGACGUGGCGUUGCUGCAGGCGACACCGACCGAGCUCGCAAUGAACACGAGUCAUUACUUGGUCGCUGUCAAGCUGUCGCCCGGCAACGUCGUCUUUGAAGGCACCGUACGUGUUAGCGCGCACAACAGGAUUGGCGUGAACGAUAUUAGCCGCUGCGACAGGUACAAGGCACAUACCUACUGCAUGUAUGGACGCUCGCUUGAGCAAUACUGCUACUGCCGUCGUACAUUCGCUGGUCAGGGUUGAUUUAUAACACACUUACCUGGGCUGUUUGCUCUUUCACGGGUCAAAGAUAAAGCUAAAAAGAUGAAAAACUUGUAUGUCUAGAAUAAUUGUAGGUAUGUCUAGAACCUACGGGAGCUGCAACGGGAGCGGUUGUGCCAGCAUGGAAAGUACAUGGAACUGCGUCCUUCUGGCAUCAAAAUGGCUUUGUGACUUUCUAAACUCGUCAUUUCCAACAAUGUACUGCGUAAUAAAUAAUGAAAUAGACAUCAUUAAAGUUCUCCGAGGGCAGGAUUCGAACACCGGAACUCUAGCGCAGAAGACUGAUAUUGAAACCAUUAAGCCACGGACGCAUGUGGAAAGAGUAUGAUGCUCUUUUAAACAUGCGUACAAUUAACGUACCGGGAGUUGGAGGGGUCUUGCGGCUGGUUCACUGGUGACAGCUUUAAAGCGCCAGGAUGUGUGUCUGUGUGGAGGAAAAAAGGGGGGGGGGGAGAAGGGGCGGUAGCCAAUUCAGGAAGACCUAAACCUGACCAAUUAGCUCCACGCUGUGGAACAGCUGGAACAAUAACAGGAGCACGCCUGCACAAGACCAAAUAUACCCGAAUUCCAGCACAGGCCGAGCAUACGUGUGGCACACCCUAAGUAUAGUGCGCCCCUCUCCAUACAAGAAAGUCGCUCAAUGAUUUUGCAUAGCCCUACUACAAGUGCCGCCUUAGUUGCAACGUGGUAUACAUGACAACGCCUGUGGUCUUUUCUACCAGAUACAACGUCCAGAUACUUAGCAGAACUGUGUGCGUCACACGCCACCGUGAAAGUGCUGUGACUUUGGCCAAAGCAAAAAGAUUACGUAUAAGAGGCCACGUGUUAUUUCUUGUUGGACGAGUUGUCUUAGUAAACGUUGCAUUUUCAGAUUCUGUCGAAGAAAGGUAUCUGACUGGGCUGGCUGGCCAUCCAUGACCCUAACUUCACAACGAAGGAACCAGACCCGAACGAGGUCUUCGUCCUUCUUCUUCUCCAUGUAUUGUUUCCGCGCUGUGAAUUUAGCGUUGUUGGAGACUUCUUAUCAGUAACAUAUCUACAGAAGCCCAUGGUCACGAGACUGGUCCGCGAAAGCGCGCGUAUGAAAUCUCUUCGGUGCUUAGACUAAAGUUAGCACCGCGAACUAAGCCGUUAGCAAGUUCGCAAGCGCAUGCAAGAAACCCGAGACGAGGCAAGGUCUGUCUGCGUUAGUGUUAAGCCUCUUCGCACAUAUAAGGUCAGCGUUGAUAGACACCAAGGCCUGUUAGGGUUGGCGUCUGACACCACGUGUUAAAA